AUGAAUUGUAUAGCUCGGCAUGGCUCGGCUCGGUCACCGUCGCGCCAGUAUUCAACAUCUGAUGACAAAGUUACAAAUGCUGCAAGUAAUUGCAAGUUGGAUACGGUGCUCGAGUAUGUGGUCAACGCGAUGUCUUGGAAUGUUCGGGCCACCUGUAGCCGACCAUUUGGAAACAGGCUAUCAUUGAUAAAAUUCUUCUUCUUUAUCAGCUGCACCAAUUUAUUUGCUUUCUUAUUCUGGUCCCAAGAGACAUAUAGACAACAUCAGUCGUCUUUCACUGAGAGUUUGGUUCAGGAGGCGAUCAAAAAUGUCGGUCAUGAUUACAGAUAUACGGACUUAUAUAGAAAGGUGAAUACCCUACCAGAAGAUUUUAAAUACAUUCUAUUAUGGACUCGCAAAGACUACGCUCCUUUCUACUUCUACGGCGAAGGACAAAUAGAGUUUCUCAAAAACAAAUGUCAGGAGACUAAAUGCUACGUAGUCACCGAUAGAAAUUUCUUUGGAGGUAGCCUGAAUAGGUUUGACGCAAUCGGUUUCAAUGGACGAAACAUGAACUCAAAGGACUUACCUAAGACCAGGUCUCGCCAUCAGCAGUACGUAUACUUUAACACGGAGUCAGCCGAUAACUAUCCCGUAUGCAAUAAAGCAUUUAACAGAUAUUUUAAUUGGACCUCUAGUUAUAGAAUUGAUUCCGAUAUUCCAUUGGGUUACAUACUAAUCAAGAACAAACUAGGUGAUAUUAUUGGUCCAAACAAAAAAAUGUCAUGGGUGAAGACACCAGAAAAUUUAGACGAGGAGUAUAUUGAUAUGAAUAGGAUAAAAAAUAAGACUAAAGCCGCAGCUUGGUUUGUGUCCAACUGCCGAAGUAGAAGCGGCCGCCUUAGUUAUGUCAAAGCAUUAAAGAAUGCGUUGAAACCCUUCAAUUUAACAGUGGAUAUCUAUGGCAAAUGUGGCAAAUUAAAAUGUUCUAAAACACAUGGGACAAAUUGCAGUGAAUUGUUGCAAAAGGACUACUAUUUCUAUAUGUCGAUGGAGAACUCUUUCGCUGAAGAUUAUGUGACGGAAAAAUUGCUGACGGCGUUACAUAAUGAUGUUGUUCCCAUAGUCUACGGAGGAGCAGAUUAUAAUAGAUUUCUUCCACCAGGGUCUUACAUCGACGCCACAAAACACCAUGUUAUAAAAUUAGCCGCCAUGAUCAACGAUAACACCUCGAAACUCGAUAAUCUUCCAAAGAAUGAUAAUUAUAGUAAAUAA